AUGGCCACCCUGGUGCCGCAAGACGAGUCCUCACAGGACGCAUUGCUCCCCAAGGCUGGUCUCCCUGAUGCGAAAGACACCACCGAUGCGGAGAGCAAGAAGAUGAUGGCCAACACAGUCGCCAAACCUGACCCCUCCACCGAGAAAAAAGGCGAUAAACCGAAAGAAGAACCUAAGCCUCAGGUGCCGUUCUCUAAGCUCUUCACCUUCGCAGACCAGAGGGAUAUGCUUUUCAUGUUCAUAGGAACGAUCGCAGCGUGCGUCCAAGCCUGCACAAUGCCUCUGUUCAUGACCACGUUCGGGGAUACGCUCGAUGGUCUUGGACAGCCGACUGAGGACGGCGAGGUUUCCUCGGUAGCAGAAACCGUCCAGAAGUUCGUUGUCCUCUUCGGCGUGAUAGGAGUCCUCUCCGGGGUGUCUGGGUUCGCCAUGGUCUCUCUCUGGAGCAUUGCUGGAGAGUGCCAGGCGUUGCGCAUGCGGAGGGAAUACGUGAAGUGCAUCCUGAAGCAGGACAUCGGAUGGUUCGAUGAGCACCCCGCGGGGCAGCUUCCCACGGCCGUCACCGCCAACAUGGCAAAGGUGCAGGACGGCUUGGGCAGGAAGAUCGGGGAUUCUAUCCUCAACGGUCUUGGCGGUAUUGCCUUGCUGAUCACGGCGAUGGUGGUGAACUGGCAACUCGGAUUGAUUAUGUUGGGCUGCGUUCCGUUGAUUGGCGUUACCGUGGCCAUCGUCACCCAGCUCAUGUCAAGCACCACCCAGGUCCUCAGUGGCAUCCGCACGGUGGCCUCCCUGGGCUCGGAGGAGAUCGAGCUCAAGCGCUACUCCACUCACCUGGACGGCGCGUACGCGGCCGGGGUGAAGGAGGGCGUGUCUACGGGCCUCGGCAACGGGGCGUUGUUCAUGGCCUUCUACUCGAGCUACGGCCUCGCCUUCUGGUUCGGCACCAAGCAGGUUGCAGACGGCGGCGGCCGUACAGGCGGCGAAGUCCUCUCGUCGAUAUUUGCCGUUCUUAUGGGGGCGAUGAUGUUGGGCCAAACCGCUCCGGGUAUCACCGCCGUCGGAAUCGCUCGCGGAGCCGCCGUGGAGGUGUUCGAGACCUUGGAGCGCACGCCCCCGAUCGACUCGUCUUCGAAGGACGGACUCAAGCCGGACAAGGUGGAAGGGAAGGUGGUUUUCCACACGGUGGGCUUCAGCUACCCGGCUAGGCCGAACGACGUGGUGUACAACUCCCUCAGCCUAGAGGUAGCCGUCGGCAAGACCCUCGCCCUCGUCGGGCCGUCCGGCGGAGGCAAGUCCACCGUAACCAAGCUGCUGCUGCGUUUCUACGACCCCACCUCCGGGAGUGUCAGUCUCGACGGCACGGACAUCAAGUCUCUCAACGUCGCCUGGUACAGGCAGCAGAUCGGUUACGUGGGGCAAGAGCCGGUGCUAUUCGCCGGAACGAUCGGGCUCAACAUCGCCAACGGCAAGCACGGGGCCGCCACCCAGGACGAAAUUGUUGCGGCCGCAAAGGCUGCGAACGCGCACGACUUCAUCGAGAGCUUUCCUGAUGGAUAUAACACUGGGGUGGGCGAGGGAGGGUUCCAGCUCUCCGGAGGCCAGAAGCAGCGCAUUGCAAUUGCCCGUGCGAUCAUCAAGGACCCGGCCAUCUUGCUCCUCGACGAGGCUACGUCCGCGCUCGACUCGGAGAGCGAAAAGGUGGUACAAGCCGCCCUGGACCAGCUCCACAAGGACAAGCCGCGCACGACCGUGACCAUCGCGCACCGUCUAUCCACCAUCCAAGGCGCCGACAAGAUCGCCGUUAUCGACAAGGGCGUCGUCGAGCUGGGAACGCACUCCGAGCUCCUCGCCCUCAACGGCGUCUACCAUACGCUCUGCUCCAGCCAGACCGGCGGCACGACGGAGGGGCUCGCGGGCGGCGACAAUGCCAUGGAACUCAGAACCUCGAAUGAAAACAUCGCGAGCGAGUCUGGCGCGGGCGAUGUCAAAUCAGGGAGCCCCAAGGACGCCACCCCCGGAGGUGCUCCGAUGGACGGCUCUUCGGGAGCGGACAAGCAGAAGAGCAAAGAGGAGCAGGAAGAGAAGCUUCCCGCGCCCGCUAGUGGUCGAAUGUGGGCGCUGAACAAGGGAGACUGGCCGUGGCUGCUCAUGGGAUUCGUGGGCGCGGUGGUGGCGGGAGGUUGUGCUCCCAGCGAGGGAGUGUUCCUCGCGCAAGGGCAGAGCAACUUGUACCUGGAAGACACGGAACAAAUGCGCAAGAUCGGCAACCGUUGGGCACUCGGCUUCGUGGGGCUCGGAUUCCUCAACCUAGUGGGAAACAUGGCCCUGUCGACUGGAUUCACCGUGUCAGGCGAACGAUUGACGAGGACUCUGCGAUACAUGGCGUUCGAGGCUAUGGUGCGGCAUGACAUCGCGUGGUUUGAUGAAGAAUCGUCUGCAGUUGGUGUCCUUACAACCCGCCUAGAGGCAGAGGCCUCUAUGGUUCGAAAAGCGACUGGAGGAAACGUUGCCCACGCGACCCAGCUGAUGAUGACCCUUACGGUGGGAACACUCAUCGGGCUUGCCUUCGCAUGGCAGAUCGGUUUGCUCGCUAUCGCGACAAUUCCCCUGAUAGCGGUCGCCGGGAUCGUUCAGAUGGCAAUGAUGACGGGAGGAUACGGGGACAACGACGGUCUCGACGGCGGCGGCAAAGCGGCGGGUCUGCUGAGCUCUGCCCUGCAGGGAAUGAGCACCGUGGCCGCGUUCAACAUGCAGGAGAGGCUCGCCGCUGAAUACAAGCAAGCCUCGGAGGGCUCCCUCGAUGCUCGACGGAAGCGCGGCUUGAUCGCUGGAGCGGCUUUCGGCUACAGCCAGGGCAUCACCUUCUGGGUGUUUGCGCUCAUGUUUUACGUCGGGGCGAUCAUGGUCGACAACGGUCAGGUCGAGUACGGAGAUUUUUUCACAGCCAUGUUCGCGGUCAUCUUCGGAGCCUUCGGGGUAGGACAGAUAACCGGGGACUUCAAGGACGCUGGGAAAGGCCAACAGGCGGCUGCAAAGAUCUUCCGUCUCACAGAUGAGCCUCUGAACAUCGACCCGCUUUCCGAGAAGGGGGCUAGACCCUCAGAAACCAAGGGCGCCCUCGAAUUCAAGAACAUCUUCUUCAACUACCCUUGCAGGCCCAACAUGCAGAUCUACGGAUCGGACAAGUACCCCCAAGGGUUCUGCUUGAACGUCGCGGCGGGCGAGACUGUGGCGCUCGUGGGACCCUCCGGAGGGGGAAAGUCCACCUGCAUGGGGCUUUUACUCAGGUUUUAUGAGCCUUCUAAGGGAAGCGUGACAAUCGAUGGCCGCGACAUCACGGAAGUCAACGUCACGUGGCUCCGCUCGCAGAUCGGCUACGUCGGUCAGGAGCCGGUGCUGUUCCAGGGAACGAUCCGCGAAAAUAUCGCCAAGGGCGACCCCAGCGCAAGCGAUGAGAGAAUUCAGGAGGCCGCGAAGGCCGCCAACGCCCACGACUUCAUCUUACGCGACUUCCAGGGAGGGUAUGAGGCUGAAGUGGGAGAGAAGAGCGCUCUUUUGUCCGGCGGCCAGAAGCAAAGAAUCGCCAUCGCCAGGGCCAUCCUACGGAACCCGCCGAUUCUGCUCCUCGACGAGGCUACGUCGGCGCUAGACAACGAAAGCGAGAAAGUGGUGCAAGAGGCCCUUGACCAGCUGCAGGCGAAGCAGAAGCGCACGACCCUUACCGUGGCGCACCGCCUGACCACGAUUCGCAACUCCGACAAGAUCGCCGUGCUCAACGGCGGGGGCGUACAGGAGCUCGGCACACACGACGAGCUGCUGGCCCUCAAGGGCUUGUACUCCACGUUGUGGAACCAGCAGAAGAGUAAGCCGGCCGGCGGUGGAGCAUGA